AAAUAUCAUCUUAAAAUCAGUUUUGUAACCUAACCACACUGCUAACCAAAUUCCCAAUCAUAACCUUAAAUUAUGAUCAAAAAGCUUAUUUUUGUUUUAUACAUUUUUACAAUGGCAGUUUUGACUUUGUGGCUGUGGUAACUAGUGAUAACCGUGGUGUCCUUAUGCUAGCGACUGUUUGGAACUCGUAUACCAGAAAUCGGAGUUGCAUAACUAACGUUAACUAGGUGGCACCACUUGGGUUCCCAGUUGUUUUGAAUGUGGGGAGGAGUGUCGUUCAUCAACUGGAGGCACAUAGUGUAUGGAUCUGUGAAAAACUGCUGCACUGUGUUACAUAGACCACCAGUUCUCCAGGCAUGCUGAACACGCCAAUGGAUCGACACACAGACUGACAAUGGACUGACCGGCCCUCUCCAUCAGUCCCCUGCCCCUCCUCUCUCUGUUUGUGCCUGCUGGUUCUCGGUUGGUAGAUCCUUGGGCACCGUGUGUCAUGGCGUCCAACAGUCGGGCUGGAAGACAUUCCCUGUGGUGGUUUCUCUCGCCGUUCCGGAGCAGGCAGGAGCGUGUGGUGCUGGCACGCAGCGAGAGCAUGCCGGGGGAACACGUGCUGAAGAUCACCAUCACAGAGACCACUGUGAUCGAGGCAGACUCGGGGGUGUGGAACUCUAAGUCGCUGGUCUACCUGGGCCUGUGGUACUUCUUCAGCUUCUGCACACUGUUCCUCAACAAGUACAUCCUGUCUCUGCUGGAGGGGGAGCCCAGCAUGCUGGGCGCUGUUCAAAUGAUCUCCACCACCAUCAUAGGCUUUGUGAAGAUGUAUGUGCCUUGCUGCCUAUACCAGCACAAGUCCAGGACUGAGUACCCCUCCAACUUCCUCAUGAUCAUGCUGUUUGUGGGGCUCAUGAGGUUCACUAGUGUGGUGCUGGGACUGGUGAGCCUGAAGAAUGUGGCCGUCUCCUUUGCUGAGACGGUGAAGAGCUCCGCGCCCAUCUUCACUGUCAUCAUGUCUAGGCUGAUCCUAGGGGAAUACACAGGGAUGUGGGUGAACCUGUCCCUAUUUCCUGUCAUGGCUGGCCUGGCCCUCUGCACUGCAACAGAGAUCAGUUUUAAUAUGCUGGGCUUCUCUGCAGCCCUCUCCACCAACAUCAUGGACUGUUUACAGAAUGUUUUUUCAAAGAAGCUACUAAGUGGAGACACCUACAAAUUCAGCCCUCCAGAACUGCAGUUCUACACCAGUGCAGCUGCAGUCAUUAUGCUAAUACCUGCCUGGGUCUUCCUCAUGGACCUUCCAGUGAUUGGGAAGAGUGAGCAUUUGUUCAGCUGGAGUCAAGACAUCGUUCUGCUGCUGCUGUUUGAUGGGGUCCUGUUCCACCUGCAGAGUGUCACCGCCUACGCCCUCAUGGGACGCAUUUCUCCCGUCACCUUUAGUGUUGCCAGCACAGUGAAGCAUGCCAUGUCUAUCUGGCUGAGCAUCAUUGUGUUCAGUAACCACAUCACAGUGCUCAGCGCCGCCGGCACGGCCCUGGUUUUUGUUGGUGUGCUGCUGUACAACAAGGCCAAGCAGUUUCAGAGAGAGACGUUACAGGCCCUGGCCCACGCCCAGGCUCAGGACCAACACAACAAACCACUUCUGCAGGACCACGAGCUCAAAGCAUUAGACCGAUACACUCCCCAGGAGAUCAAAGGGGGAGAGACCAAAGAGGUCUGUUCUUUUUAACUUUGAUCAUGUAGAACCUGAUAUGCAGACUUGCACCAGCAUUACAACAAAUCGGAGAAGUCAACGGUCAUCAUAGCACGGUGGAAGGAUCUGUCACUGGGGUUUCUCUCAGUGGGAAUUGUCAAUUCGAGAGGCUGGUUUCAUUCGGCCUCACCUUGAUUCACUCUGAUGAUACCUUUGUGAACUUGCCUUAGUGUGCGGUCUGAACGUGGACCAGUGUUUGACUCGGUUCUGGUGUGUUUGAACUUCACUUUUACACUGUCAAUUCCUUUUGUUGUUCCAUUCCCUCACCUGAAAUGUUUCAUUAUUUCAUAUAGUUUUGAAACACGAGCAAACUCAGGAUUUCUCUCAAUAUUCAUUGGGUGGAAGCGGUUCAAUGCAAGUUUAUUUUUUCUGCAUACUUGCCUUUAUGAUAAUUUUUGUAAUGUUUUAUUGAGUCUUACAUUUUUCGGUUAUGGGCACACAUUGUCGUUGACUAAACAGCUUUAUUCUCCUGAUCAUUGGCGAAGGUCCAUCAACAUGUAGAACAGUCAAGGCAUUCAUCAUUCAUUCUAAUAGGGCUUUAGCUCAGCUGUAUACCAAUUGGUCACAAGUGUAAAGCAAAUAUUCCAGGCAUUAGCCUGACCACAAAGGUGUCUUGCCUUCGGGGGAGAUGAGGUCGAGAGGGUAACCCUUAUUUGUUUUCCCAAAGCUCACCGUUGACACUGAUUUUCUCACAGCAAUUUAAUUUGAAAUAUUUGAAAACCUUGAGUGCAGUCUGCAGAGGUUGUAUCCUCAUCUGCAGUUCUUACAAAUUCACCUAUCAACCGUUUUUAUUUUUUUAAAGCUUUCUUUAGGUUACUAUUGUGUUGGUUCUUCAUUUUCUUGUUGUUCUUGAACAGAACCUGAAAGUUUCGUCAUAGCUAGGUGUUGAGAGAUUGAUUUGGGCUUAUGUGGCAUUGUGUAGCUUUCCACAUCCCUGUCUUACUUUCUGUGCCACUCUGAACCUUGUUAUUUGCUAAGAGUCAGUUGAAUAAGGGAGACUUGAUGUACUUUAUUUCAAGUGCUAAGCAUACUGUUAAUGAAACUGUUAUUUGUCUUGAGUACAUUCCUUUGUUGUUUUUGCAUUCUUGUUAAACAAUGAAUGUAUUUUUAGUAGUUCUGGUUAUGAAACUCCCCAAGGUCUCUCAACCAACCUCUUCAGGAUCCACCCCUUUUUUUCAUUAUUCGCCUGAAAUGAACUAACCAAAUCUAACUGCCUGUAGCUCGGCCCUGAAGCAAGGAUAUGCAUAUUCUUGAUACCAUUUGAAAAUAAACACUUUGAAGUUUGUGGAAAUGUGAAAGGAAUGUAGGAGAAUAUAACACAUUAGAUCUGGUAAAAGGUAAUACAAAGAAGAAAAAAAAAAAGUUAUUUUGUAUUUUUUUGUAACAUCUUUGAAAUGCAAGAGAAAGGCCAUAAUGUAUUAUUCCAGCCCAGGUGCACUUUUGAUUUUGGCCACUAGAUGGCAGCAGUGUAUGUGCAAAGAUUUAGACUGAUCCAAUGAACCAUUGCAUUUCUGUUCAAAAUGUUAUAUCAAGACUGCCCAAAUGUGCUUAAUUUGUUAAUAACCUUUCAAGUUCAAAACUGUGCACUCUCCUCAAACAAUAGCAUGGCAUUAUUUCACUGUAAUAGUUAUUGUAAAUUGGACAGUGUAGUUGGAUUAACAAGAAUUUAAGCUUUCUGCCAAUAUCAGAUAUGUCUAAGUCCUGGGAAUUUUUCUUGUUACUUACAACCUCAUGCUAACUGCAUUAGCCUACGUUAGCUCAACCGUCCUGUGGAUGGGACACUGAUCCCGAAGAAGUUUUAACCAUUUCCUCUCAGCCAUAUUACCAUUUUGGUGAUGUAAUCAAAUAUUUGCAUUAAACAAGCUAAGUUAUAUAGAUUCUGUUGUGGAAUCUCCAAAGACUGAUUUAUUCAAUGCUGCCUGACAAUAGAGAGAGCGAGAAUAAGCGAGCAGACUAUGGGUGUACAACUCUUGUCCUCUAGGCCUGUAUUCUAUGCUGGUUUUUCAUCCUUGGCUUGAACUGAAUUAUAUCUGCAUAACCAGGUGUGUGACUUCCUUAGCCAAUCAAUGACACUUUGAGCAAUUAAGCACCGGGGAGAAACAAAAACCAGAAGGACUUUGGCCCCAAGGACGGCAGUCACUAGUUGCCACCGCCAUAAAGUCAUAAACCCUGCCUAUUUCUAAAAUGUAUCUAUUUAAAAUUUUAUUUUUAACCCUAACCUUGUGCCUAAACCAAACCUUAAACUAAGACCAAAAAACAUCUUUGUUUUCAUACAUUUUUAUGAUAUAGCCAUUUUUGACUUUGUGGCUGUGCUAUCUAGUGGAAACCCUGAAGGACUGAAGCAGACCAUGGCUGGAAUUCAAUUGUUGCAGAUCGGAAUUUUUUUUUCUGCACUGGCCUCUCAGAAGUGUGUUUGAUUUGACAACAGUAUAUCCCGGAUGGAGGGAAUUGCCACUUUAAUUAAAAACGGUCAGUCCUAUGGAUUGAAAGAGCUAGCUACAACGAUUGAAAUGAUUCAACAUCUCUAUUGAGCUUUGGCUUAGUAAAACUGAAGGUAAUUUUUGUCCUUUUUCUAUAGAAAACGUGUGGUCAGUAGGAUAGGCUAAAGUGAAACUAUUCAAAACUGACUACAUUUUGUAAGGGGAAGCUGACAUAAAAAAGAAACGUCUGUUUGCUUGAGUGAAUAGUACUGGCAUUGCCUUGGUUUUGUCAUGGUGUGGUACUGUGUGGUGCUUUUCUCAGACUAACAACAAAUUCAACAAAGGAAAGUCAUAAUUUGCCAACACUGGCACUGUUGGCACUUCCCGAUAUGGGCAUGUCUCAACUUUUGACAGAUUGGAAUGUUUUUAAAAAUAUAUUUUUUAAUCUUAUCUAAGCAGGAAGUCACCCUGCUGUGUAUGACAAUGUCAUAUUGCUGAGUCUGCGUUUAAACAACACAAUAUUUGUGAAAGUUCUCACAUGCCAUUGGAUGACAAUGUUCAUACAUUACUAAUGUAGACACUAAUUUGUGUGCAUUUGAAUAGAAUGUCAUAUUGUGUUCCCUGACUAUUUCAAUCAAUCAAUGUUUAUAGUUAGUUGUAAAUUAUUUCUCUUGCAGACUGGCUUUGUUCAAUCUUCUAAUUAUUUUACUAGUCCCACUUUUUUUGCAUGUUUCUCUGUAUUCAUGAUCUUACCAGACUGUGCUUUUCAGUCAUGGUACAGUGUUGAUAAGACUACUGUGAUUAAGGUAUUUAUUGUCAACUUCAAAAUGUUAAACCAAUGGGGUAUAUCAAAGACUACAUCAUGUCUAGUACUUUGUAAAAUUCUCAUCAAGAGACGCUUUCCUCCUAUUCUGAGAAUUUGCUCAGAAUGCUGUUUUUUGGGUUGUAUUUUAUAAGUGAAGUAUUAUUUUAAAAGAGGCAUCUAUCUUAAAAAUAUAUAUAUAAUUAACCUGUGGACCUUUGUAUUUGAUGUUGAUGUAUUCCCCUCUAUUUUGUUGGUUGCCAUAUGAACUUGAUAUAGUACUUUUACACUGUGAUAUAUCUCCCACUUCUCAUUGUAAUUUAUGCGUCUAGCAAUAUGUCAAAAUUCACAUUAAUGUACCUCUCAUCUGUGUAUAACAGAAGAUGGAAGGUAAAAGGAUUGUGUAGGAUUAAGGGAUGAUAAUAUAACAAAAUAGGUCUACUGAAUAGGCCAAGUGCUAAUACAUAUAACUGAAAAGGGUGUUUCAUUUAAAAUUGUCGAUGAGGAUUCUAAUUGUAUAUUUUGGGGUGCUGGUAAUGUGAGUUUGUGGUUACUAAUUGUAUGUUUUGGGGAGCUGGUAAAGUUAAACAAUGUAAGGUUUAAUCGAUUUAAUAAUAGAUAAUGUACAGUAUAAACCGGGUUAAUAAAAGUUAUUUUUCUUGUGUUUUA